ACGCUCAGCGUUCACACGUGUUUCCCCCUGGUGGUGAGGAGGACUACUGCACGAGGGCGGGACGAGCAGGAGGCGUGACCCAAUACUGGACUGUGAUUGGUCUGAUAGUAUCAACACGAAUAACAACAACACAGCGCGUUAUUAUAAUUAACAGGUCACUGAGCGUUGGAAAUAUAACGGAGCCGCUGCUGUCAACGUCAAUCUGAACCCAGGCUUCACGGAGCUGUGCGCUAUGGCGAGCAACAUGUGGAAGUUGAGUCGUCUUCCUGCCCUCACGCACUUUGCGUUCCGGCGCUCGGGCUGCGCGUCGUGGGAGAAGCCGCGGGCCAGGCACGUGUCCGGCGGGCAGCACGAGACCAUCAGCCGCUUCCCUGUCCCGUACAAGAAGGAGCUGCCGUAUGAUAUAGUGGAGCUCAUGGAGGAUGCGCAGUCCAAGGGAGGCUUUUUGCCCAAUGUAUUCAAAGUCCUGGCUCACAGACCAGCUGAAUUCAGAGUCUUCUUCGCAUUCUACAAUGAACUAAUGAACAAAGAAACAGGCAGAUUAACCAAGGCAGAUCGUGAGCUGAUUGUGGUGGCAACCAGUGCCUACAACAACUGCCUCUACUGCGUCGUAUCCCACAGUGCACUGCACCGCAUCUACUCCAGGAAUCCCACUCUAUGUGACCAGGUUGUUAUAAACUAUGAGACUGCAGAGCUGUCCUCUCGGGAGCGCGCCAUGCUCGACUUUGCACACGCAGUGUGUCGCUGCGACACUAUCACGGAGCAGCACUUCCUGGCGCUGGAGCAGGUGGGCUUCGACCGUGAGGAUGCCUGGGACAUCGCCGCCAUUACUGCUUUUUUUGCCAUGUCCAACAGACUCGCCCACGUCACUGACAUGAGGCCAAACGUGGAGUUUUAUAAUAUGGGCCGCAUUCCACGGGACAAGGGCAGUGACAAGGUGGAAGGGGAGGACAAGUGAAACAAGAGCUGUAAUAUACAGAUAUACAGAGGGCACAAUUAUAAGAGGCCAAAGGUCAAAGGCAACAGCGAUGAUUUCAUUUCUGUCUAAUUUCUUUUUCUUUGUCAUUUUUAAACUUUCUGUUUAAAUGUUUAUGACAUAUAUACAGAUAUAGUUUUCUGACAUUGCAAUUAACAUUUUCUUUGUUUUGAGACAUUCAUUGAUUUGUUUGUUCCUUUUAACUAAAGUAGCAUUGUGAGACUUGGGUGGUUUCAUUUGUUCAUAACACUGAAAGUAUGAUUUUUACAGGUCUCUUGAUGGUAAAUGUAUAAUACAGAAUUUUAUAAUAAUUGCAUUUCUCUUGCUAAUUUUAAAAAUGUAAUUCAAGUACUCAAGUACUGUUAAGUGCUAAUAAAUACUUUUUAUGUCCUUAGUGCUUAGUAGUACUACAGUAUAUCUGACUGUGAUCAUACUAACAACAAUCAAUGCAUUCUACUAAAUAAACUAUAUUUUUUGGGA